GGCCAGACUCAUUGGUCCAUGCGUCUUCCAUCCAUCCGUCCGAACACUGCCACAAUAUACUCACAUGCCGUUUUGCUCUAUCAAAUUUGUCAGCCUCAGUCCUCCCGACGUAUCGGCGUGAAGACGAAAUCAGUCAUGCGCCACAAUAUUGACAUCGGAGGAGACAGUAGCACACCUAAGUCCUCGCAACCCGAGUCCAAGCUCAUAUAAAAUCGCAGUCCCAAUAGGGGCGCUUUAUACUAACCAGCACCUCGCUGCAACGUGAUCCAAUAUGGCCUGGCAUAUCUUCUCAUUUCUGAUAUUGUCUAGCUGUGUAGCGCGGUAUGCCGGUGGGGCGGCAGUCGACUCGUCCACUACUUCAAUACGUGACCCCGCUAAUCUCGUCAACCUAUUCAUUGGGACGACAAAAGGCGGUCAUACGUUUCCCGGUGCAACACUUCCACAUGGGAUGCUGAAGGUUGGCCCCGACACAAACUCGCCAGAUAAUCAUGCAGGGUACGAUGCAAACCCCAUAUGGAAUUUUGUUGGAUUUUCGCAAAUGCAUGAUGAUGGAACCGGCGGAAGCCCUCCUCUUUCAAACUUCAAACUCUGGCCAUUCCAGUCUUGCGGGCAAUCUGACGAGUUUGAGCAAUGCACCACGUCUCUUAGCACCAGAAGCGUCCCAAGAAAGGUUCUUUCUAAUGGUUUACCUGAUGACACCGCCGAGCCUGGAUAUUUCUCGACCAAUUUGUCGACCAGUAUCCGGGUUGAGUUAACUGCAACACGAAAGGUCGCACUACACAAGUACACUUUCCCAGCAGGGACUCAAAACCCUAGGAUUCUUCUGGACCUUACUGACGAUGGUCAGCGGAGCGGGCGGAAUCCUGUCAUGGAACUCGACCCAGCUACGGGAAGAAUCAAGGGUGAUGCAUCCUUUGCGGCCUCUUUCGGAGUUGGUGGAUAUAACGCAUAUGCGUGCGUCGACUUCAAGGGAGAUGGUUUCCAGUUGGGCGCACCUAAAGAGUUCGGUGGCUGGGUUGACGACUCUCCAGUAAAGAAUGUGACGAAUGCGAACCAAUUGCAAUUCUUCUCUGGCUCUCAAGUUGGAGCCAUGCUGACCUUCACACCCAGGAGAAUCGGACCUACCUCAAUCCUGGCUCGCGUCGGCGUGUCCUUCAUCUCUGCCGAUCAAGCCUGCUCUAACGCUGAACAAGAGAUAUCUACCUUCGACUUCAACCACGUGCGUUCAGCUGCUCGCGCUGAAUGGAAUGAUCUGCUUGGUCGAAUUCAAGUGAAGACAGACGACGUGGACCCUGAAAUUGUCAGCUUGUUCUAUAGCUCGGUGUACAGGACGCAUAUAUCUCCUGCUGAUUAUUCAGGUGAGAACCCGAGAUGGGAUUCGACUGAGCCAUACUACGAUUCCCUUUACUGUAAUUGGGACACGUACCGUACUCUGUAUUCCUUCAUGGCAUUGCACGACCCCGUCAACUUUGCGAGGAUUGUCCGGGGUAUGAUUAAUAUACAGCAGCAUGAAGGUUGGCUUCCUGAGUGUCGCGGUGCUACUGAUCAACAAUGGGUUCAGGGCGGUAGCAAUGGCGACCCAAUCCUAGGAGAAUUCUUCGUGAAAUUCCACGAACAUGCAGCCGCUUUGAAUGUUUCCGGGGACGCCCUAUACACGGCCUUGCUCAGGGAUGCUGAAGAGCAACCACAAGACUGGGACUUGCAAGGUCGUCAAGCCAAUGAUUGGAAGACGUUUGGUUUCCUACCUUUCGACAGGUCUACUGGUGGAGGGUCGAACACCAGACACGUCUCUCGUGCGCUAGAGUAUGCAUUCGACGAUUUUGCUAUUUCACAAGUCGCUAAGAUCCUAAACAAAACAGACGAUGCGGCCAAGUAUGCCCGUCGUGCGGGGAACUAUAUCAACAACUGGAAUGCUACUACAGUCGUUCCAGGACGAGAAAAUAUCGUGGGCAUGAUGCAACUCAGGCUAUCGAACGGCUCCUUCGCUUUUACAGACCCUCGACACUGCAGUGUGAACGACCCGACGCAUUCCACGUGCUUCUUGGAUAGCAAUAACCAUGACGGUUUCUAUGAGAGUUCGCCUAUUGUGUAUUCUCAGUAUGUUCCGCAAGAUACGGCUAAGCUCAUCUUGCUGCAAGGCGGCAAUCAGAAAUUCAUUGACAGGUUAAACUUCAUCUUUGAAGAGAACUACUUCGAUUCGACGGACGAACCUUCCCAGCAGAUUCCGUUCAUGUAUCAUUAUGCCAAUCGUCCAGGAUUGAGUACCCAAACGUCUCGCCAGGUCAUAGCCCAAUUCUACAAUACCUCCACAAAUGGCUUGCCUGGAAACGAUGACUCUGGUGCCAUGGGGAGUUAUGUUGCAUUUUACCUGGCCGGGCUAUACCCCUUACCAGCAACCCGGCAGUUCCUCCUUUCCUCCCCUUACUUCCCCGAAAUCUCAUUCUUCAACCCCAUCUUUGGAACGACGACGACGAUCAGAGCCAAGAACUUCAAUGGGAACCCAAAGGAUGGGACGGGUGGUACCGUGUUCGUCAGGAGUGUCAAGAUUGAUGGUGAACUUUGGAAGUCCAACUGCUUCAUCGAAUGGGAUGCCUUCAUACAUGGUUCAACGAUCGAUCUUGAGUUGACAGACGAUAUCAACAUGACGUGUGGGGAAGGUGCAGACUCCCUACCUCCGUCCUUGUCUACUGGUGGAUAUGAUUGACAUCCUUGAAGAGAUGGAAGGUUGGAACGAGUAGCUCUCGGUCUCUGUUGUCAGUCAGCCAUGAAUGGUCUGUUGUCCAUAAUAUUGUUAUUGCUGACAUUGUAACGCUGGACAAAUCUGAGAAUGUCGGUAUUGUGAUGCGAUGUUCCAGAU